UGAAGCAUGUUGCAGAGAUUUGGGUGUAUCAAUGAACAAGCACACGGCUUGAAUUGAAGGAAGCAAUUAAUUUCUGAGCAUCGUGGUCUUGAUUUAAAACAUUAAUGCUUAUAAGAGGACGUCUUCACAAGUUCGGAUAGGCGUACUGCCAAAUUCAAAGAAUGGGGAAUUUCACAUCCUCUAAUGCUGGCCGUUUAUCAAGCACAGGAUAUGCGCAGUUUGUACAGGAUGUUGUGUCCCAUAACUGUGUUGUGAUAUUCUCCAAGACAACAUGUCCUUACUGCAAGAUGGCCAAGAAUGUUUUUAAUGAAAUAGGAGCCACAUAUAAAGUGGUUGAAUUGGAUGAACAUAAAGAUGGCAGACAGCUUCAAGACACCUUGGCACAGAUGACCGGUGCCAGAACGGUACCAAGAGUCUUUAUCAAUGGACAGUGUAUUGGAGGUGGUUCUGAUGCACGACAGCUGCACCACCAGGGAAAACUGCUGCCGCUCAUUGAGAAAUGUAACCCAUGCUGCUUGAGCAGUGCUCAAGAGGCAUCAGGGAGUGGGCAGUCUCCUUGAAUGAUUUAUGGUAUAUUAAUUUUUGCACAACUCUCUUGUUGAGGCCAGUAGAAGCCAAUAGAUUUGUAAAUCUGAGGUAACAAAACAAGAAGUGUUGUGGCUUUAGACAAUUUCCAAACAGCCAAUAUUUUCUUUCUUUAGGUUAUUUUGAUCUAGAAUUGCAACUGUAAGUUUCUUAUGUACAUUUAUUUAUUAUUCUUAAAUAUGUAUAAGAAUAAGGUGUUUGUUUUGUUCUUAAAAUUAUAGAUGUUAGAUAAUAUCUAUUUUAUUAUUAAUUUUCUUACUAGUUUUCAGUGUUGUAUAGUGUAUAAAUUAGUGUCUUUUCAAGAAGCUUGAAUAAAUUAAUUUUGUAUUGUCCAUGCUCUAAUGAAGAUGGUUAACUGCAGUGUACACAGAAAGAUGUGUAUUCAAAUAAUUAUAAAUACACUAACCUUUGACUGCAGUGUGAGUUCCUAACUUAAUUCGGAUAUCAUUUGGGUUUCAUAAUGGGGUUCCCUACAAUAUACUUCAGGCUAUAUAUUCAUAGAUACCAAGUUGCUACAACUGAGUCAUGUGCUGUGCUAAAGAGGAAAUACCGUUCUUUGUAAUGGAAGAAAUGUAAGAUUUCUGAAUCACUGAACUAAUUGGUUCAAAAAAUGCUUAACUGUUUUGAAACUCAAAACUGCACACUGCAGACAUUGAGUGUGUGUGUGUGUGUGUGUGUGUGUGUGAGAGCAUUGGGAAACAGUAAACAAAGUCAACUUUGUCAUUC